AUGGGACGGGAGUCGAACAUUGUCACAGAGUCUUACAUUUGCCAGGAGUUUGAUCAGCGGUUGUUAAACAUAAUCUGUUACGGUUGGUUUCUUCAGUGUUUUUCCAUGUCGCAUUUGAAUCACAUGAAUACAGAGAGGAGAAUCAGGACACAGUACAGUAUCUGUCUGCUGUUCCAUGUCGCUGCUGGUUCUAUCAGUACACGGUACAGUAUCUGUCUGCUGUUCCAUGUCGCUGCUGGUUCUAUCAGGACACAGUACAGUAUCUGUCUGCUGUUCCAUGUCGCUGCUGGUUCUAUCAGGACACAGUACAGUAUCUGUCUGCUGUUCCAUGUCGCUGCUGGUUCUAUCAGGACACAGUACAGUAUCUGUCUGCUGUUCCAUGUCGCUGCUGGUUCUAUCAGGACACAGUACAGUAUCUGUCUGCUGUUCCAUGUCGCUGCUGGUUCUAUCAGUACACAGUACAGUAUCUGUCUGCUGUUCCAUGUCGCUGCUGGUUCUAUCAGGACACAGUACAGUAUCUGUCUGCUGUUCCAUGUCGCUUCUGGUUCUAUCAGUACACGGUACAGUAUCUGUCUGCUGUUCCAUGUCGCUGCUGGUUCUAUCAGGACACAGUACAGUAUCUGUCUGCUGUUCCAUGUCGCUGCUGGUUCUAUCAGGACACAGUACAGUAUCUGUCUGCUGUUCCAUGUCGCUGCUGGUUCUAUCAGGACACAGUACAGUAUCUGUCUGCUGUUCCAUGUCGCUGCUGGUUCUAUCAGGACACAGUACAGUAUCUGUCUGCUGUUCCAUGUCGCUGCUGGUUCCAUCAGGACAGUACAGUAUCUGUCUGCUGUUCCAUGUCGCUGCUGGUUCUAUCAGGACACAGUACAGUAUCUGUCUGCUGUUCCAUGUCGCUGCUGGUUCUAUCAGGACACAGUACAGUAUCUGUCUGCUAUUCCAUGUCGCUGCUGGUUCUAGCAGGACACAGUACAUUAUCUGUCUGCUAUUCCAUGUCGCUUCUGGUUCUAUCAGGACACAGUACAGUAUCUGUCCGCUGUUCAAUUUCACUGCUGGUUCUAUAAAGGCUCUAUCUGCAAAAAGAUGAUUCCUGAGAUAAUUUUCUUUCAAAUUUUGAACCAUUGUUGGUUUGAAUGGUGUCAGCAUUUUUUAUCUAGUAUUCUUUUGAACUUAACAACAUGCAUUUUGGUAUUUAGAGUACUAUAUAGGUAGAGAACAUUGAACAGAACAAGGCUACAUCAAUAGCUACAUUGACAAAAAUGCAGAUAGUCCCAAACUCUCCAAAUGUUAAAGUGGUGAACGAGAGGAGGGAGGUUAAGAGACUCUGUCCCUUGAUCUGGCAGAGAGAGAGAUGGAUUUUGUCAGAUCAAGGGACCAAGAGUGAAAAAUGGAGGGAUGGAAGGAGAGAGAGAUGGAUAGAUCUGUUAAGUGCAGCAUUACAGCUGCUCUCUCUGAUCACAACACACUUCACUAGAAAUCACUGGGGUAGGAUUGCCAGCCUGUUUACCCAGAGUAGCAGCUGGUGAUGCAAAUCAUUGAGUCAGGUUCAAACCUCCAUUACAGACA